AUGGCGAAGGAAGAUGGAAAAGAUGUAAGAAAAACUUACCUGCUGCGUGUCGCAAGUCACAUUCUUGGUCUAAACAUUGUCGAGGAGAAGCUGCGACAUCUGCAACCAUUGGAAACUUUUUGUGACACAAAUAGUACAGUUCUAAGCGUAGCUCUUACUGAACAGAGAGGAAUCGAACUCUCGAAUGAUGUCAAGCAGGGGACGUUACCAAAAGUUGUAUUUUAUAAGGCACGACCAAGCCCUCUCACCACUGACAAUUACAAAACAAUUGUGAAUAUUAUGUCUAUGAACGGAGGAUCAAACGAAGUGUUCUUGAAAAGCGUACAAAAUGUAUUCAGCAAAAAUAUCUCGGAGUCAUCUCAAGCCCCAGCGAAUAAACACCUUUUAUCACUUGUCAGUGAACUAGAAGAAAAUCUUCUGGCUGUGGUAGAUGAAGGAAAAAACAGCGGCGAAGGUGGAGUAACUUCCGUACAGGAAGAGAUACGUCUAUGGAAAUCGCGGAGUGGUAGCGCUGCUGAGCAGUACAACGAAGCUUUUGCGCCUUUACAAAUUGCAGUAGAUACUGUAGAU